AAUGCGCAUUUAUAUGUCUUCUCCUCCUACAGUCUAAACCCCUUCUUUUAUCUUCUUUCACGUUCGCCGGCCAACUAACGAAAAGACUGUCCCUUGGCUCUUUCACCGCUCAUUCUCUCUCUCAGCAGUGACCCUUAUGAUGAACUAAGCAGUACAAGUUUCAAUUUCAGCAACACAAACAUACAAACGUUAACAAUGUCUACUUUCUCUCUCUGCUCUCCUCAUCUUCUCCAUCCAACCCAAAAUUUCAUCUCUAUUAAUAAUAAUAAAUCUAAACCUAAACAACGCAUUUCUAAAUUCCGACUUCUCUGCUCUUCUCCUCCUAUUAACUCCUCCGAUUCUGUUCCCUCUGCUGAUUCCAGUAACUUUUGUAUUAUAGAAGGACCAGAGACAGUUCAAGAUUUCGUACAGAUGCAGUUGCAAGAAAUUCAAGAUAACAUCAGGAGUCGACGUAACAAGAUCUUUCUCCUCAUGGAAGAGGUGAGGAGGUUGCGGGUGCAGCAACGUAUAAAGAGAAAGACUGUGAAGAUUAUUGAUGAAACCGGCCAAAAAGAAGAAGAUACAGAUGAGAUGCCUGACAUCCCUUCAUCCAUUCCCUUUCUUCCUCGUGUGACACCAAAGACAUUGAAGCAGCUUUAUCUCACUAGCUUAUCUUUUAUUUCUGGGAUUAUUGUAUUUGGGGGAUUAAUCGCUCCUACUCUGGAACUAAAAUUAGGUAUUGGGGGCACCUCAUAUGAGGAUUUCAUAUGCAGCUUGCAUUUGCCAUUACAGCUGAGUCAAGUAGAUCCCAUUGUGGCAUCCUUUUCAGGCGGGGCGGUGGGUGUCAUUUCAGCCUUGAUGUUAAUUGAAGCCAACAAUGUUGAGCAACAAGAGAAGAAAAGAUGCAAAUAUUGCCAUGGAACUGGAUACUUGGCCUGUGCUCGAUGUUCAGCUAGUGGUGUGUGCUUGAGCAUUGAUCCUAUUUCCCUAUCCAGCAUUUCUGAUCAACCCUUGCGAGUGCCAACUACUCAAAGGUGUAUCAACUGUUCCGGUGCAGGAAAGGUGAUGUGCCCUACAUGCCUGUGCACUGGGAUGUUGAUGGCAAGUGAACACGACCCACGGAUUGAACCAUUUGACUAGGAUAAGAUCGAGCGACAUUUGUUUUUGUGAAUUUUAAUUCUCUAGUUUGCUUAUAAUGUUUUCAUCAGUAAAAAAUCUUGCGAACAAUCUCUCUCCAAACUUUUCAAAGCAGCUGUAGCGCAUAAAACUGAGGAACAAAUAUACAGGGCACGUUCAUAUGCACUGGUAGAAGCAGCUGUCAAACUGGUAUGGAAGAAGCCGGAUGAUUAUCUGGCAAACUUGGAGAAUUCUGUUAUGCAAUCAUCCUUCUGCAGUAUAUGCAAUGUAUAUAAGGGCGAUUUUGCCAUAGAAAAUUGUUGUCUCAUUUAUGGAGAUAAGAAAAUUAAUUAAGGUACUUUUAGAAGAAACUGUGAGAGUUCAAUUCAAUUAAAGUCUUAAAACUAUAUAUUAUA